AUGGCUUCGAGCUACAAGAACCGUGCUCCUCGCUACGCCGUGCUGCAGAGCUACGGCCUCCCCUGGAUGCCCAGAGCCUACUAUAAGGCCGCUGCCACCCACCCCACUCUGGCUCCCUUGUCUGGCACCUGCCAGGGCUUGAGCCCCAGCGAGAUGCUGCCUUUUGUGUCAAACAGAACGGCGCUUUUCACCCGCUACAGCCCUGGCGACUGGUACCGCUCCAACCAGAGCAACUACCACGAGGCGGAGACGUCCCGGCGCAAGGCGGAGCUGCUGAUGGCUGAUACCUCCCGCCUGGUGCAGGAAAAAUACCAACAGACCAGCAAGAGCCAGGCAGACAACACAAAGAAUCUGGGGCAGCGAGUCAGCGACAUUGAGUUUUGGAAGGUGGAGCUGUGCCAUGAGCUGGCAGAGAUCAUCAAGGAGAGCGAUGCCCUGAGAGAGGUGAAGGCACGACUGGAGAGACCUCUGUCCGAGACAGAGGCCCCUCUCCAGGUGAGCACCCUGUGCGUGGGCCGCAAGCUGUGUAGCCCACUGCUGUCGCUGCACCAGGGACACGUGUGCUCUCUCCCGGGGCUUUCAUGCUGCCUGAGCCGGGCAGCAUCCCUGCGGGAAGCCCUGCAGCAAGCACCAACGGCCUCUCCCCAACAGGUUGCUCGGGAGUGCCUCCUGCAGCGGGAGAAGAGGAUGGGCAUCGACCUUGUCCAUGACGAGGUGGAGAAAGAGCUUUUAACAGAAGUGGAUGGCAUCAGGGCCUGCCAGGAGAGGAUACGGCUAUUCCUGGAGAAGGCAAAAGCCCAGCUCAUGAACAACUGGGUGGCCCAGCACGAGCUGGAGAAGGACCUGGCCAACAAGCAGGCAGCUCGCCGCAUCAGCAGCAAGUGCCACCAGCUGAGGAACUGCUCCGACGGCAUCAGCUACUACCACGGGGUGCAGCGGGUGGAUGCCAACAUCUCCGUGUCCGAGUCAUGGGCCAAGUUCAGCGACGACAACAUCCUCCAGUCGCAGAGAGAGCGGGUGGCCUCCGUCCAGCUGUGGGAAUCCAUUGAGAACCUGAUGGAGGUGACAGCCACCGAGAUGCGGUGCCAGUUCAACAGGGUGAACGUGGCCCUCACCAACCGCAUCGCUGAGAUGCCAAGAACAGGCUUCGGGCCCACCUGGCCAAGCCUGCAGAGACUGGUUCAUGCCAAGGCCACGCUGGAGCACAACCUCUCUGUCAAGGCCAACUCGCUCUUCCUGGACCAGGAGAAGUGCCUGGGGCUGCGCAAGGCCUUCCCCAGCACCGUGCAGCUGCUCGACUACGUGUAG